CCGUGAAGUUCAAGGGCAAGAACGUGCCGAAGGAGGCGGUGAAGGGGCCGGAGGUGUGCACAGACCCCACCAUGCUCGCCACCCAUGCCAUGGGGGUCAACUACUUCAAGGAGGGGCCGGAGGUGGCCCUGAAGCCUGACUCCGAGUACCCUGACUGGCUCUUUAAGAUCCACCUGGGCCCCCCCAAGAAGCUGGAGGAGCUGGACCCCGACUCGCUCGAGUACUGGCGGCGCCUGCGGAAGUACAACACGUGGCAGCUCAACAAGUUGAAGAAGGGCAAGAAGCUAUAG